UUCUUCCGCCAGCACUCAAAGUCGCAGCACGCCCACUAAUCUGUUCUCACUAGGAUGAAUGAAUGAAUGCGUUCUGUCGAGAGCCUACAAGUACACAGUGAAUAAAUCUGAACAGCGGCUGCUUUCCGCCUUGAAGCUGGGUGAGCUGGAUGCCAUGCUACCCUGCUUCACCCCCGAUCCCUUUCGCCCAGCCCUUUAGCCUGUACUCUACUCCUCCUCGCUCUCCUCUUCGCUGCUCUCGUCGCUUCCCGCCUCUCCCACACCCAGCCCGCGUCUUCCUCUGCCGACGGUGCUCAUGGCCACUUCGGCAGCAGCGGCUGCAGCGCCAGCAGCACCGUUGCCCGCCUUGCUCGCCUUGAGUCGUUGACCUGAGAAAAUAGCGCCAUAAGGAUUCUCAAGAG